UAUGUAACAUACGAUAUUACAGCUCACUUCUCUGCUAGGCCUACACACAGUACCAGCAUUGACUUUAACUUUAUAUCUAAAGUCAAUGGUACCAGUACCAAGACCAAGCCAGCAACUAGGCUAAUAAGUUAGGCCUCAUCAAAGAACACCCUCACAAAGAAAUGAAGACAGAUGAGUUCAGACUUAAGACGGGAGAAAUCCAGCAAUUCAUUUUGUUAAACUAGAAUUUGAACUACAAUAAUAAUUUUCGGUGUGGUUUGGUGGUAAAAAGAAUUAAAACAACGGAUUAUACUGAUUUACUAAAUAAUAUAAUUCAAUAAAGAAACGCAAGAGAAAGGAAAAUCCCUCAAGUAUAUUGUAAAAUACCUAAUAUGCAUUGCAAGACUUGACUAUGAGGUGAUUCAAUGUGGAGUGAGAGAAGUAGCAUAUCGUGUAAAUACUAUACCUACAUUUAACAAUGCCAUCAAACAAGGUUUCUAGUUAAAUACAUUUAAAUCCCUCUGAUUGGUUGGGUUUUCUGAUUAGUUACUAGCUAAUGUGAUAAGUUUAUAAAGGGAUAAAAAUUACAAGAGUAGAAAUGUUAACUUGCUCUAAAGAUUUUCCUCUCAAAUGUCCAAUCUGUGAGCAAAGUUAUUGAACUCAAUCCGCAAUGAAGCUUCAUAUAUUGUAUCACACGGGAGAGCGACCCUUUAAAUGUUUGGCAUGUGGAAAAACCUUUUUCCAACAACACCUUGUAAAAACACAUUUGUUGAUACAUUUUGGGAAACGUCAUAAGUGCACUACAUGUGAAAAAUCCUUUACAACCAAAGGCAAAAUGAAGAACCAUUUAUUGGUUCAUACAGGAGAGAGACCAUACAAGUGCAAUUCUUGUGAAAAAUCUUUUGCAACAAAAGGCCAUUUGAAGAGACAUUCAUUGGUUCAUACAGGAGAGAGAUCUUACAAGUGCUCUACAUGUGAAAAAUGCUUUACAACCAAAAGCAAUAUGAAGACGCAUUUAUUAGUUCAUACAGGAGAGAAAUCUUACAAGAGUUACAAGUGCUCUGUGUGUGAAAAAUCCUUUACAACCAAAAGGUAUAUGGAGACACAUACAUUGAUUCAUACAGGAGAGAUACCUUACAAGUGCUCUACAUGUGAAAAAUACUUUACAAGCAAAAGCUAUAUGAAGAAACAUUUAUUAUUUCAUACAGAAGAGAGAUCUUACAGGUGCUCUAUAUGUGAAAAAUCUUUUAAAACCAAAACGGUUAUGGAGAAACAUACAUUGAUUCAUACAGGAGAGAGGCCUUACAAGUGCUCUACAUGUGAAAAAUACUUUACAACCAAAAGCAGUAUGAAGAUACAUUUAUUGGUUCAUACAGGAGAGAGACCAUACAAGUGCAAUUCAUGUGAAAAAUCUUUUGCAACAAACGGCCAUUUAAAGAGACAUACAUUGAUUCAUACAGGAGAGAGAUCUUACAAGUGCUCUACAUGUAGAAAAUACUUUACAACCAAAAGCAGUAUGAAGAUACAUUUAUUGGUUCAUACAGGAGAGAGACCAUACAAGUGCAAUUCAUGUGAAAAAUCUUUUGCAACAAACGGCCAUUUAAAGAGACAUAUAUUGAUUCAUACAGGAGAGAGAUCUUACAAGUGCUCUAUAUGUGAAAAAUCUUUUACAACCAAAACUGUUAUGGAGGCACAUACAUUGAUUCAUACAGGAGAGAGACCUUACAAGUGCUCUACAUGUGAAAAAUACUUUUUAACCAAAAGCAGUAUGAAGAAACAUUUAUUGGUUCAUACAGGAGAGAGACCUUACAAGUGCAAUUCAUGUGAAAAAUCUUUUGCAACAAACGGCAAUUUAAAGAGACAUUCAUUGUUUCAUACAGGAGAGAGACCUUACAAGUGCUCUACAUGUGGAAAAUACUUAACAACCAAAAGCGGUAUGAAGAAUCAUUUAUUGGUUCAUACAGGAGAGAGAUCUUAG